UUUUGAAUAACAUUUAGCCAACCUAUAGCUCGUAUCAUCGGGACGCCCCUCCCCUCAAUGGCGGCAGCCAGAGUAUAAAACAGACGACAAUGACAUCAACGUUAUAUUUUCAUCAGGACAAUAUUUGACAGUCACGGAUUCCUGCGCUGUGUUUUAUAUCUUGCUGAUUUGCUGUACCUAGCAUUCUCAAGACAGCAAGCAUGUUGCUGAAACACGAAUUCAGAUUCCAUGAAACCGAACAGGACUGGAUGAACUCACUUCCGGUGGUUGAUUCUUUGGUUACGGGACGUCAUGUCAUAAUCGACUACAUGACGGACCAGCAGCUCUCGGAGACCUACUGCAUGAUUCAGGAGGCCGCCCAACAUGGAGACGGAUACGGAAUCGACGAGUUCGACUCCGAGAAAGACUUCCGUCAUGAAAUCGAGGGCAGCGACUGUUUCGCUGUCGUCAGCAAAGACAGUGGAGAACUUCUCGCUGGACUGAUUUUGGCUGUAAGCAAGUUUUACCGAGGUAUGAGCGGUGUUUGUGACCCUUUCAUCAUCGUGAAACCCACAGAGAGAAAUCAAAAGCUCGGCGAGUUCUGUAUGCGGAAGGCAAUCCAGUUCUCUAAAAAGCUUGGCUACAUGGGAAUGUACGUGGACACUUUCUCCAACAAUCACGCAAUGCAGCGAAUCAUUGAAAAGAUUGGAGGAUUCCAGCGCGUGGGUUUCCUUCCUCUGGGAGGAAGACUUCAGACGGGUCAGCUAGUAGGUUCUGUCAUCUAUUACCGUGACCUAUCACCUAAAAAACCCGAGAAUACGUGAACUUUGACUGAGGAAUAUGAAUCUAUCUGAUGCCCAAAUAUCAGAUAACUUUACUGUCAUAUCAAAUGACAGUUCUGUCAUGCUAAUGAGCUUCACUGUGUUAGUCGAGUGCGGGCGCUUUCUACAUGAAAACUGUGUCCCGCCACGACCAUGUUGAGUAGUUGUACAUGUACAAGCUUGUAGAUCUAAAAUGAACAGUGUUACAUGUAUGUACAUAAUUUGUGAUUUGCAUCAAAUGAAUGAUACCGGCUCAAGCCUUAAAACAUUUCCACACAAGAUGCUACUUUAGUCAGUUUACAACUAUUGUUUGUUGAGGUUUAUACAAAUACUAUGUAUUAUACAACCAUAGUAAAAGGUUAACACUA